AUGGCAGCAGAUGUUGCGAAGUUGUGUGCAAGUCUGGACAAGAUUUUCAAGACGUUUUCCACGCAAGAGGUUCACUUGGAUCCCAAGGAGAUGAAGAACUUUCGUGAGAAAGGAACAGUGCAGUACAUCGAGCAGAAGUUCCAGGCACACCUGCAACGGGCUCGGGCGGCUUUCCUCCAAGAGUUCAGGAAUCAUGCGGUGGUCGUUGAAACGGAGGUUCGCAAGAUCCGAGAUGAGAUGACUGAAAAGAUGGAGGACAAAUAUGGCAAGAUGUUGGGGGAGCUGAGGGAGAACGUGCUGGACACAGAGGGCCUGGUUCAGGCACAGAAGGCGGAGAUCACGCAACUCAAAGGCGUCGUAGCCUCGCAAGAGUCUUACCUCACCGCUGCAAAGCACAAGGAGCACCUGGAGGAGCAAGUCCAGUCUCUUGAGAAACAAUUAGAGCUUUCUAGAGGCGAGGUCGCCCAGCUGAAGCAUCAGCUGUCUUGCCGGGACGAGUUGGUGAAGCAGCUGGGAAGAGAGACCUCCAGCCUAGAAGCGGAGCUCAAGCGCCAGGAACUGGCGUCCCAGGAGGAGAGGCGCGAAGCCGAGAGCCGCUGGCACGGACUGCAUAAAGAAAUGCAGCAGCAGCAGGAGCGCUUCGCUGAGCAUAUGCACAAAUAUGCCGAGCAGUUCGAGCAGUAUAAAGACAAGACGUCGGAUCAACUCCAGAUCCUUGCAAUCCUGAACCGGAGGCUUAAAGAGGCACUCCAGCAGAUGGAGGAAGAGAGGCAGAAGCAUAUAAAGGCACGCACAAAACCCACUCACCGCAUCGGGGAGGAGCUACCCGAAGAGGACGAGGAGCAGUAUGCGCCGUACAUACUAGAUGCAGAUGCUCCGUACAGAGUCGAUGAGAUGGGUAUGGAUACAGCCUGGCGGGAUUACAGGAUCAACAACUUCGAGUUUGCAUUGCCAGUGCAGAAGUCUGCCCCUCCAAAGUUCAAGGUCGAACGCGUGCGUCGCGUCCUUCCUGGUCCUACAGUCUCCAUGGAGACACCGCGGGUAAGCCCAGCGGUGAACGCCGCAAGGCUUGUGCAGUUGCCGGCAGUGAAUCCAGCCAUAGGACGAGUGCUUUCUCCUUGUCAUGCAUGA